CUAGCUCCCGCACGGGGACUUUGGAAAGGUUGGUCAUGCCCAGGUCCAUCUCGUUCCCGUCCAGGUGAUCCAGCAAGUACUCCUUGGUUAUCUUCCCUUCCUCCGACAUGGCGAAUGGUUUAGUUUAGGAGAGCGAUGGCGGUGAUGACUUUGGUGGGCGUUAAUAAGAGAGCACACACGUGGACGGUGACUCAGCAAGGUGAAAAGGUCGCACCGUCCAAGAAAGUCUCAUGGAUAAUGGCUCGGUUUUUAGCCCAGUUGAUAAUGGUCGGUGUUCAGACGGUGGGGAGAGCGUUUGGACAAACCCUGAGACAGGAAUACCAAGUGACAAUGGCAGCCAGAAGAGCAGCAGAGGAGGCAGGGAGAGACGGGACCAGGGCAGCCAGGGCAGCAAGCUCCACUGGUAUCUCACUACAGGAGGCACAACAGAUCCUCAACAUCAAGAACAUAGAUGACAUUGAGGCAAUAAGAAAAGUGAGCUGUGUGUCCACAUUAGUGUACCCCUUGUUCAUAUGUAGACGUCCCUGUAGCAUUAUGAACACCUGUUCAAAGUGAAUGACAAGUCAAGUGGGGGCUCUUUCUACCUGCAGUCUAAGGUGGUACGUGCCAAGGAGAGAAUAGAGAUGGAGUUGGAUGAGAAGGUGUGUCCCGACCCCACCCCCUCUGACGAGAACUCAUCAUCUUCACAAGAUUCACAAGACUCUGACUCACACCCAAGGACAUAGCAUUCACCUCGUCCCCAUGUAAUAAUUUAUUAUGCACUAUCAGUUACCACAAACUUAUAACCAAAACUUCUCGCGACAAAAUAGUGGAGCGCGCCACACGCCACCUAUCUACUUUGUUCGGUGCCACUGAAUAUAGUAUUUUGAAGUUUGAAUGUGAAAGAAACUUAUAUUUUAGCAGACUGCAGAAACUAAACACACAUGAGAUAGACAGUGAACAUACAGGAGGGAUGGGAUCACACACUCAAUCAUUAGGCAUAAAUAGCAGUUCAGUGUUUGUGUGACUGCAGUUCUAGUCGACCUCCUCGAUGGUUGGUCCACUCCCACCAGCCGACCCAGCCCCAGAAGCAGGUCCAGCGCCACCAGGGAACCCUCCAGGCAUCCCUCCAGGCAUUCCUCCUGGCAUGCCACCACCCUCUGAAGCUCCACCCGCCUGAUAGAGCUUGGUCACGAUAGGCGUGCAGAUACCCUCCAGCUCCUUCUGCUGGUGCUCAAACUCUUCCUUCUCUGCCGACUGGUUCUUGUCGAGCCAAUCGAUGACCUCCUUGCACUUGCUGAUGACUUUCUCCCGGUCUUCCUCCGGGACCUUCUCCUUCACCUUGUCCUCCUCAAAGGUGCUCUUCAUUUGGAAUGCAUAGCUCUCGAGCUGGUUCUUUGCAGAUACACGUUCUCUCUGAGCGUCGUCGGCUGCCUUGUACUGCUCGGCCUCACGUACCAUCCUGUCGAUUUCAUCCGCACUGAGUCGGCCUUUGUCGUUGGUGAUCGUAAUCUUGUUCUCUUUGCCCGUGCUUUUGUCCGCGGCCGACACGUUCAAGAUCCCGUUCCUGUCGAUGUCGAAGGUCACCUGGAUCUGGGGGACUCCCCUCGGGGCUGGGGGAAUCCCAGUGAGUUCGAAUUUCCCGAGGAGGUUGUUGUCCUUCGUCAUGGCUCUCUCUCCCUCGUACACCUGGAUCAGCACACCCGGCUGGUUGUCGGAAUAGGUGGUGAAUGUUUCCGUUUCCUUCUUGGGGAUCGUGGAGUUUCUCUUGAUGAGGGCGGUCAUGACGCCGCCGGCAGUCUCGAUACCGAGGGAGAGUGGAGUAACGUCGAGGAGUAGUAGGUCCUGGACUUCCUCGCUGGUGUCUCCCGAGAGGAUCGCAGCUUGGAUCGCAGCACCGUAUGCCACGGCCUCGUCCGGGUUGAUGGAUUUGUUCAGUUCCUUCCCGUUGAAGAAGUCUUGGAGGAGCUUCUGGAUGCGAGGGAUUCGGGUGGAGCCCCCGACCAACACAAGUUCAUGGAUCUGUCCCUUGUCAAAUUUUGAGUCCCGCAGGGCCUUCUCCACGGGCUCCAGGGUGCCACGGAACAGGUCUGCACACAGCUCCUCGAAUCGGGCCCGGGUGAUUUUGGUGUAGAAGUCGAUUCCCUCGAAGAGCGAGUCGAUCUCGAUGCUUGCCUCCGUGAUGGAGGACAGGGUACGCUUGGCGCGCUCGCACGCAGUUCUCAGCCGGCGGACGGCUCUCUUGUUCCCCGACAUGUCCUUCUUGAACUUUCGCUUGAACUCCUGGAUGAAGUGAUUCACCAUUCUGUUGUCGAAGUCCUCGCCACCCAAGUGGGUAUCACCUGCGGUCGAUUUCACCUCGAAUAUUCCCUCCUCGAUUGUGAGGAUGGAGACAUCGAAGGUGCCUCCACCGAGGUCGAAAAUGAGAAUGUUUUGCUCGGAGCCGACCUUCUUGUCAAGUCCGUACGCGAUGGCGGCGGCCGUCGGCUCGUUGAUGAUUCGGAGGAUGUUCAGCCCGGAAAUGGUUCCUGCGUCCUUCGUGGCCUGUCGCUGCGAGUCGUUGAAGUAGGCGGGGACCGUAACGACCGCGUCCGUGACCGUCUUUCCCAGGUACGCCUCGGCCGUCUCCUUCAUCUUCACCAGGACCAUGGACGAGAUCUCCUCGGCAAAGAACGACUUAAUCUCGCCCUUGUACUCGACGGAGACUUUGGGACGCCCCGCCUCGUCGACGACCUCGAACGGCCAGUGUUUCUUGUCGCUGCUCACCACGGGGUCGUUGCUUCGUCGACCGAUGAGCCGCUUGGCGUCGAAGACGGUGUUGGUCGGGUUCAUGGCGACCUGGUUUUUGGCCGCGUCGCCGAUGAGUCGCUCCGAGUCCGUGAACGCGACGUAGCUCGGAGUGGUCCUGUUCCCCUGGUCGUUGGCGAUGAUCUCCACCUUGCCGUGCUGGAAGACGCCGACGCACGAGUACGUCGUCCCCAGGUCGAUGCCCACCGCUGGUGCCUUCUUUGCCAUCUCUGUGCGCUUUCUUUCUUCUUCUUCUUCCGAUUCCGCUGCCGAGAAUGCCGCUUUUUGUGC